UCCGUGUCGCCGCUGAGUCCACAGCUCGCCCGCCUGCCCGCCCACCGGAUCGAGCUGCCGCGCCGCGCUCGCGCGGGUUAGGGGGAGGUCGCCGGGGAAGGAUGAGGCCCGCGGCGGCUGCGGCCGCGUCCGUGCUGCACGCGCCGCGGCGCGCGCUCGGUGGGGCGGCUUCCAUGGUCGCCGCCCGCUGCGGCGCCUCCCCUUCGGUCGCCGCCGCCGCCACCGCUUACGAUCAUGUGUCGUUUGUCAAGGAAAUCGCCGCAACUGAUCCACCGGAGCAUCUUAACUCUUUACUGAGCGUGCUUCAAGCACGAGGCGAAAAGAUAGUUUCUCCUGGAGCUAAAAGAGGUCUGAUCCCACUUGUUGUUCCCUUGUCAGAAAGCCCAGAAGGUAAUUUAACAUCCCUGCUGAGAUGGCCAACUGCUCCGAGGGGGAUGGAAAUGCCUGUAGUGGAAGUUCGUAAUCAUGGGCUAUGGCUUUUGGCUAAGAAUGUCAACCAAUAUAUUCACAGAAUACUUGUCGAGGCAGAUGCUAGUGCUGAGAAUGGUGAUGAUUUAUGGUCUGCCGUAGGGGAAGCUGGUAUAAACCUUUACAAAAAAGGUGAUUUCAAAGAGGCGCAGCUGGCAGAUCUUGAUGUUUAUUUAUUGAAGAAGGUUGGACUCUUCCCGGAUAUCAUAGAGAGGAAAGCAUCACGCCAUCUAGAAAUAGGAGAUCAGGUGUCAGCUCUUAUUACUGGAGAAUUCUACACCAGAGAUCAAUUUCCUGGAUUUGGAAGACCCUUUGUGUUCAACUCACACAUUUUAAAAAGAGUUGGACGUACAUCUGAAGCCAAAGAGUCAGCUCGAGUGGCUUUGAAGUCGCCAUGGUGGUCACUAGGCUGUAGAUAUGAAGAGGCGGCUGAAUUAGCGGGGUGGGAGGAUGAGCAAAUCGAGUUUAUAAGAGAAAAGGUAACCGAGGAGGGCAAGCGUGACGAUCUGAAGAAAGGGAAGGCUCCAGAGCAGGUGGUUCUUGAUGAGGCGGCAUUUCUAAUGGAUUUGGCCACCGUGGAUGGUAAUUGGGACGACGUGGUGGACCGGAUCGCUGAAUGUUAUAGAGAAGCUGGGAUCCACGACAUUGCAAAGUUCAUCGCUUACAGAGAAUAAGAAUAUGUCCCUCUUGAGAAAUUUAGAGACUGGUUGCACACAGAUCUUUGGUUUAGAGUUAGCUUUUGUAAGUGAGAAAUAAUUGCGGCCUGUUAAUCUUCUGUGCGUUUGCAUCGCAUAAGUGAAAAUGAUGUCACUGAUUCCUCCAGGAUGCUGCACCUCUAUUUUAUUUUAUUUGAAUUUCAUUUUUCUCGUCUAUGCAUGAAUUCGCUGAAAGUAUUAACAUUCAUAAUCAA